AUGGUGGCCGAGCCUAUAUUUAAUGUGGAUGGUAUGGCUAACAAAGGAGGGAAAAUUACAGACAAAGCUUGCCUGUUGAUGAGAAUGGAAAACAAAGGAGAUUACCAUGACGAACAGUAUGAGUUGUUAGCUACUAACCUAGGAGGAGAAGACAUAAUCCUAGAAACAGACUGGCUACACAAGCACAAUCCACAGAUUGAUUGGGUAAAAAAUAACCUCACAUUCUCAACCUGUGCAGAACGGUGCCUAGUCAGCUGA